AUGGAGAUAAGUCCGGUGUUCAUCGUUCUUGUGUUGUGCUCCAGUGCUACCCUGGUGACUUGUAGUACCACAGGAUUCCGCAUGGAGCUCACCCACGUUGAUGCCAAGGGGAGCUACACGGCGGCGGAGCGCGUGCAGCGUGCCAUGGCCAGCACCCGGCAGCGCAUGGUCUCCCUUGCCGACGCCGACGUGAGCGCGCCGGUCCACUGGAACACCAGCCAGUACAUCGCGGAGUACCUGAUCGGCACCCCGCCGCAGCGCGCCGAGGCCCUCAUCGACACCGGCAGCGACCUCAUCUGGACGCAGUGCUCCACCUGCCUCCAAGGAUCCUGCGUCGAGCAGGGCCUGCCGCUCUACAACGCGUCCAUGUCGGACAGCUUCCACCCCGUGCCAUGCAACGACACCCUGUGCGUGGCUAACCAAGAGCACACGUGCGCCAAGGACGGCAGCUGCACUUUUGGUGCCUUCUACGGCGCCGGCGACGCCAGGGGGUCCAUCGGCACCGAGGUUUUUUCCUUCGAGAACGGCACGGCGACGCUCACGUUCGGCUGCGUCAAGUCGCUGCUGAUCAGCCCGGGGUCCCUCGACGGGUCGUCGGGACUCAUAGGGCUCGGCCGCGGCCCCCUGUCGAUCGUCUCUCAGACCGGCGCCACCAAGUUCUCCUACUGCCACACCCCGUACCUCCGCAGCAACGCCACCGCCGGUGCCAGCAGCCACCUCUUCGUCGGCGACUCGGCGAGCCUUAGCGGCGGCAGCCCUGUGAUGUCUAUGUCUUUCUUGGAAGGCCCUAAAGACUACCCGUUCUACUACGUCCCACUCGUCGGGAUAACCGUGGGACAGACAAGGCUGUCCAUCCCACCAUCGGUGUUUGCUCUAAAACAGAACGGCGAAGGUGGUGUCUUCGUCGACUCCGGCAGCCCCACUACAGUUCUGGUCGACGGGGCGUACGGGCCCCUCAGAGAGGAGCUCGAGAGGCAGCUGAACGGGAGUCUUGUGCCGCCACCCGCUCGUAGUGGGAUGGACCUGUGUGUGCCGGUGGCGCAGGAGAAGACAUUGCCGUCCAUGGUGUUGCACUUCAACGGCGGAGCGGACAUGGUGCUGCCACCGGAGAAUUACUGGGCACCGCUCGACAAUUCCACGUCAUGCAUGGUGAUGGAUCAUUCGCGAGGUAUGAGCAUCAUCGGCAACUUCCAGUUGCAGAACAAACACAUGUUGUACGACCUUGCCAAGGAUGAGCUCUCUUUCCAAACAGCCGACUGCAGCUCACUCUGA